AUGGACAUCUCCAACUCGCUCAUCAAAGUCAACCUAGACGACAUCGACGACCAUGUGUACGAUAUCCACAUAACCCACCGGCCUCCAGAUGCCCAGAACCUCGGCUAUGUCGACAAAUCAACAGAUACGCUCCAUCUAUCUCUUCCUACCAGUGGAGAUGAGCUCACCAUCACCCAAUCACGAUCUUCCCUUUCAGGUCAGGAAUCGCUGAGCACAGGCUUUGUAUGCUGGCAACUGGUGAAGUACUUGGCAGACUGGAUCUUGGGCGACCCGAAAUGCCCGUUUUAUAGCUACUUCAAGGGAGACCCUCAGCUAGCAGUACUAGAGCUAGGAGCUGGCGUAGGUGCUGUAUUGGCAUCACUACUUGGACCCAGAAGCCGAGUUUACGUUGCUACCGACCAGAAACACAUACUAAAACUUAUGAAACAAAACUUCCUUCAAAACGUGCUGUCUUCGAGAUGGAGUAGCAAGACGUUGGAAUGGCUGCAAACGGCUGCGAAAGCCCAGAUAGAGGUGGUAGAGUAUGACUGGGAGAACCAUGGAGACGUCGAAAAAGUGCUUGAAUUGAUGAACUCCACCCCCGACCUUAUCAUUGCCACAGACACAAUUUACAACGAGUACCUUGUUCCGUAUUUUGUUGGAGCUUUGGCUGCUCUGAUGGGUACUACUACUGGCGCACUAGUAACAGUCCAGUUGAGGGACGAGUCUAUCACAGCCAGGUUCGUGGAGGAGCUCGCUGCACAAAAAUUACAGCUUUAUACGAUCAAAGAGGAGCUCCUUUCGCCAGAACUAAUAUCUGGAUUUGCUGUUUACUAUAUAACUAAAUAG